GUUUAUCACAAUGGCUACGUUCAUCAUGAAAUAAUUUUCCGCUUAAAGUUGAGCCUUCUGUUUAUUUUCAUGGAUAAAUAACUGUUGAAUAAAUAAAGAUAUUUAAAUACUCAUAAGAUGGAUACAGAUUGCACAUUUAAUUGCAACGGGAAAGUUAAUGCAAAUGAUUGGCAGUUGAAUAGAGGAAAUUCAUUUUUACGUGGCGAAAUUGAAAAUGUUGUUCUCUCUCAUAAAGAAUUCAAUUAUGCUCACAUGCAGGUUGAAUUGUUUGGUUCUACUGUACCAGGAGCUACAGCAAUUUUCAAUUUGAAACAUUUCAUUAAAUGCAUGGAAAUGAGACUAAAAAUACUUAAUAGGCACGAAACGUAUCACCAUCUACCAAACAAUAUGCACGAGGAUAAGACAGACUUUUAUUUAAUAAGAAUCACAGUCUGUGAAUUUCUUGUAUAUAUUCGCUCAUACUUAAACAGCAUCAAAUGGAAUAUAGAUGCACAAGACUCAAUUAGUGCAGAAUUGGAAAAUGAUUUGAAUGAACUAUUAAUAGUCAUAAAGAAUUUUUUAGGAAGACUCAGAGGCAUUCCAGACUCAACAUUUCAUUACACAGCUUCCACUUUAGGCAACAAGUGUUUACAACCAGAAUUUCAUAUGUAUCACAUGCAUUUAGAAUUACGCUGGCUUUGCAUAACACUUAUCUACUCUCAAACAGUCCCAUGGAAAAAUUCUUGCGACAAUAAUCCUGAUCUCGAUAUUGUCUUGGGAACAGUGAUUAAAGAUCUUAUGUAUAUAGCCACCAAGUUAUUUGAAAGGAUUCCAUUAGCAGAUUUAAGACAAAAGACUCCCUACACCUGCACAUGUAUGCGAGAACUUUGGUUAAUGCUACAGAUAUUUAUUGACAAUCUCUCAACACGUUCCAAUGCCAAGACAUUUUGGGAUCACAUCAAUACAACAUUGAGUGAAGUCUCUGAUGUAAAGAAUCUUGAACUCUUUUCCAUUUGGAUGAUUUAUCACAUGGCUUUAUUAUAUGGAUACAAUAAUGAUGGUGUCUAUCUAGAUUCUGGAUCUGCUAGGAUCAAACCAAACUAUGACCAAGUUGAGAAGGUCCUCAAGAAUUAUGUGAACAAGGGUGGUAAGGAUGGUGAACGAGAUGAUAUUGAUGAAGAAUUGAAAGUGAUGAUUCCUUUAUUGAGAAUUUUAAUAAGUGAAUGGUGGCAACCGCGGCUCCAAGUUAUUUAUUUCCUAUGGGAUUGCUUUCACCGUAGAUUAGAUCAACCCUUCCUGAUGCAGACAUCAGGACCCUGGACAGUGUCCCUAGAAAAAAAAACACCAGCGGAUAUCCUCAAGCAAGUGAAGGAAAGGAUAGAAGGAAAUUUUGAGCAGAAUAAAGAAUCCAGUUAUGGAAUGUUUCUGCGUUUUCUAGGUAGUUUCUUAAGGAGAAAUUACAGCACGAAUGAUCCAAAAGUUUGGAAUCAAAUAAAAGGACGUGUAUACUCAAAGUUCUCUGAGAGUAAAGUCAAAGAAUUUUCCGAACCUGGACUCUACAAUUUUAUUUCUUUAUUUCUCACACUAGCUGUCACUACGGACACAGAAAAUGUGUGUUCGAUGAUGUUGAAGCUACUCCCAUCAAUAUCAAAACUUCCAAGUAAUGACAGUAAAAAGCGAAGUUUAAUUUGGAAAGGAAAUUUAGCAGUUGUGUUAUUAUACAACGAAAGAAGAAUUUCAUAUUACACAGUCACUGCAGCAUGUAUACCAGUGGUAAACGCAAUGAGCUGCUGUAAGGAUGAAGCAACUAGAUCAAUAAUGUCCAGCUUCGUGGAUGUAUUGGGAGUUAUCCUGAGCAAUAGUGAAUCGAUGAACCUUGACGAGUACACUUUCAUCGAUGGCUGGGUCGAUCGAUAUUUUUUGGAAUGUCCUAAAAACCGGGCAGGCCCUUUAAUUAAUUUAAUGAUUAAUGUCUUUAAGAAAUGCACAUAUACAAAGGCUGAAAGUCCAGGUAUUGAACGAAUGCUGAAUGCUAUGUGGAACUUUUUAGCAGGCAGGGCUCGUCAAUUAGUUUUUGAUCUUUUAUUAGUAAGCCAAUAUUAUGAAAGUGUGGCCGAAUUAGCAUUCCUCUUCACUCUUCAUGCUGUGCAUUAUCCUGCAAUGGCGAAGAAGCACAGUCAUUCUGCAGUGUCUCUAUUUCAGCAUUUCAGCACGUCCAUUAUGAUAAAGGAUAUCAGGAUAACACGAGCCUAUCUUACAUUAAUUCUGGAGAAGGAAGAGGAAAUAAAGAAUUUAAGAGUUCUAAUAAAUAAUUUUGAUACUUUUAUUAUACAGGCAUGGAUAAAAUGCUCUAUUCUAAAUAACGAUGAAACGCAUGAACAGUCUGUCUUUUUGAGAAAGUACGUGGCUAAUAUGGAUCAGAUAAAGAAAGUGCUUACAACUGUAGAUGAACUGCAGGAAUUUCAAAAUGGUCCUAGAGCAAUCUUUUUUUUCAUAAUGAUGCUAAUGAAGAAGCGAGCCCUCUGUCAGAAUCAGCAUGAUCGUGCUGCUUUCGAUGAAAAAUUCUGUCUGUACUUUAAUAACGUACACAAAUGGAUCCUUGGACCAAUCACCGAUGAAUCCAUAAAUUCUGAUUUAUCAGUAUGGAUAUACCGUUGUAUUGGUACAUUAAUUUUCUGUUGUUCACCAAUGCUGUAUGCUUCGCCAAAAAAUAUGCUACGAGAUCUGAUAGCGCGUACACUUCUCCCACACGAAACAGAAGGACCCGCCUAUGUGAUUAGUAUAGCCAAACAAAUAUUCUCUCUUGUAAUCCUCGGGUUGGAGAGUUUAAACGUGAGGGCGGAUAUAUAUUUGCAAGGGCUUAUCAGAGAUCUUUUCGCUAGAUAUUUACCACUUUUGAUAACAGAUACUACUGGGUCACGAUCCUGCAAAAUAUCUGAAUCUCUACUCAAGUGUUUCCAAGAUGCUAAAUCUGAGUUCUUAGGACUCAUCCUUGAAAUACUUUCUGGCAAUUUUAUUAUUACCUUUGUUCAGAAUACAACACAUAAGAUCUGCUACCUGGUAAUGCUAUUGCUAAGAAAUGUCCUGAAGGCUGGCACAGCUUAUAAAAGUUGUGUGAUAGAAUUAAUCGUAACAAUUUGUACAACUCGCAUUGUUGGAUGUUACGUUAAGGUUCACGAACAUCAUCCUCAUAGGCAACAGACGCUAGAUUUUAUAAACGAAGUUAUGUGCAGUUGCUACUACAAAGAAAAUGUUUUAAUCAGAAAUAAAUUUCAAGAGGCUUUGAGCAGAAGUGUGGACAAGUGUCUACUGACAAAUCCCCCUCAAUCUACUUUUGAAUUCAUCCGGGUCCUAGGAUCGAUAAGUCCUACAUUAGCAAGGGGUCUUCUGCCCAAAAUUGAAAGUUACGUUUAUGAUGCGAAGAUAAAAGGAAAAACAAACAUAGCAUCCUUAAGACAUUCUCUGGAGAAAUUAAGGAAUUCAUUAGGACUCGUGCGAAAUCCUGAUAAGAUAGAAUGAUAUUUAUUAUUAACAUAAGUUCACUUCACUUUCUAUGAGAGUGUCGUGAUCGGUGAUGCUUCAGCGUCGUAGCUGUAGGAGGUGAUCGUCAUCCGAUAAGCUCCAAACGAGAUAUAGCACUUCGAGCAGCAUUCCUAAGAGAUGGUUCUGCGUUUCCACUUAAUAAGGACUCCAGUCUCUCUACGUAAUCAUCAAUGUUCUGUAUCGUUGCACCAUCGUGAGUUCCUGUAAAGCAGAAUAGAUUUUACUAAAGGUUUGAAGAGAAGUACCUCAAGCAUUAUGAAUUGAACAGAUCGCGAAGUGUUUUAGGAAAGUCAUGCAGCUAUUUUAAUAAGAG